AUGUCGAAGCACGAAGAGUUUAUAAAGUUCAUAAAAUAUUUUUUAAUAAUCGGCGGCCUUUGGCCGUUCGAAUUUACCAAGAAUCGGUUAUAUCAAAAAGUCUACAGAUGUUAUGCUAGAAUACAGACUUAUAGUUAUGUCACUGUUAUUUUAUCUCUAAUUAUUAAUUUAUGUAUUUUGAUUGUGAAGCAUAACCAAAUGACCAGGCUAUUUAGUAGCAUAAAUGUUCUCAUAAUCACUUUGGAAACAUGUGUAAAAAUUUUGAUAUUCCAGGUUAAAAAAAUACCAAAUAUGUGUUUAGACAUAUCAAUAAACGAAGGCCUAAUAAAAAACUCCAAAGAUGAAGAAGUUGUUAAAUGCUACUGGAAGCAAGUAUCCUAUUGUAGAAAAGUCAAUUUUUGGCAAUUUGUAGCCACUCUGUUAGCCUGCAUAUGCUUCACUUUGGUUCACUUUCUAGAAAUGUUUGCUAGUCCAGACUUGUCACUAUACAAGGACCAACCUUUUAUGCAUGAUAUGUGGUACCCUUUCGCAAGAGAAAAACAUAUGAACUUAGUAAUAUUUUUCAAUCUGAUUUUUGUUAAUCAAGGAAUUGUUUUUAAUACAGCAACGCAGACUACGUUUAUUUGCCUCAUGAUAUAUUCUAGUGCUAGGCUGAAAAUAUUGCAAAUCCAACUAAGGAAAUUUGAUGAAGUCGCCAAGGAUAAUGGAGGAGAUGUAUUGGAAACCGUUAAGAAUCUUAUUGUUGAACACCAAGUACUAAUCGGCUUCGUCAAGUCACUUAAUGAGAAAACCAAUUACGUAAUGCUUCUAGAAUUUGUACUGAAUUCUAUAAGUUUGGCAUCAGGAACUAUUCAGUUAGUAGUGAUAAAUUCUAUAACUGGUUUUCUGUCCGUUGGAUCAAUAAUUCUAUUGGUUGUAGUACAAAUAUUCAUCUUAGCUUGGAGUGCUAAUGAGAUUACUGUUGAGGGUUUAGGUAUUGCCGAUGCCAUUUGCGCGAGCAAUUGGAAUGAUCAAAGCCCAAAAGUACAAAAAUUAUUCAUAAUAAUGAUACUAAGAGCACAGAAACCGUUAGGACUUACUGCCGGGCCAUUUUUUCAAAUGACCACUAAGACUGCUUUAAUGACUCUGAAGGUUGCUUAUUCUUAUAUUUCCUUAAUGAUGCAAAACUAUGAAAAUUAGAACCUAAGUAUAUUCUAUUCUAUUGGAUAUUAUGGUGAUAUGUUCCAAUAUACUAGUUAUUCUAAGGGAUGUUACUUAUUUAUGCUUAUUAUUGGCCUAAUAUUUUAUAUUCCUUAAUGAUAGUUAUUUUGAUUUCAUAUAAUCAAAUUCAAAUAAUAAUAUUUAUCAUUUAAUGAUCAGCGUCGGUUGUGCACAGUUUGAUUACUCCCAAAUUUGGUAAAGCGAACUGUGUUGAAAAUGUGGACUUACAUUUCGUGUACGCAAAAUUCAGAAUAUUUACAGUUUAGUUAUUUAGACUAUGGAAUAUUACUAAAGAAUAUAUGUAUUUUGUUUCU